AUGCUGAAGCCAACGGCUGGUAGACCCCUCCCCAAAGCCUUACUUGCAUGUAUGGAACUAUUCAUUAGGCGAAAGCAUGGUCUGAUUUCCGAUGAAGAAUGGGAGCUGCUUUGUCGCUUACCUUCGCACAUUGACGACUUCAAGAGGAACGGAACCUACGAGAAUAUUGAACUCAUGGCUAUGGGUGUCGGUCAGUUCUCGUCGUUGCAAAACCUUUUCGACAAGGACUUUGUUGCAGCGAUGUAUGGUAUCAUGAUCGAUCCUACACUCUGCCAUAUGAAUCACUCCUGUAACCCGAACGCAUACAUCAUGAUGGACGGUCCGCGAGUAAGCAUUCGUACACUCCGACCCAUCAAGAAAGACAAAGAAAUCUACAUUUCGUACAUUGAUGCUACGAAUCCCUACCACAGGCGACAAGAAGAGCUCCAAUCCCGCUGGUUCUUUACCUGCCGCUGCGCCCAAUGUCAGGAAAAGGCGACUCUCCAGGAAGACAACUGGCUGGUACCAUCAAGGCCUGGAUGGGUCUUGGGAGCCGAAGUUGCGUCCAUGGCAGAAACUCAGGAGAAGCUGUUUGGUCUCUAUGCAGAACUCCAAGCAACAGAGAGCCCCCUGCUUGUUAGAGCAGCGAUCAGGCAGGCACUUAAGAUAUGCCAUGAGGCAAUGUUUCUGCCGAUUUACCGACAACCAUAUGCUGCACUCCGCGACGACUUGAUUGUGAACCUGCUUUCCGAGGGACGUUAUCAGGACGCAUGGGCGCAAUGUGCAAAGCGGUACAAGUACAUCCUUCCCAAGCUCUACCCAGUCUCGUUCCACCCGGUCCGGGUAGUACAAACAUGGCAGAUGGCGAUGUUGGCCGCAUACCUAGCAAGUACUCCAGGGGGUGUAGGUGCACCGGAGGUGGAUAUGGGUCUCAUUGCCAUGAUGUUGGUAAAGCAGGUGUUGAAUGUAGCGCACCUGAGUCAUGGGCCGGCUAGUGCGUUCACAAAGAGUGUGAAGGCCAAAGCGGAAGAGAUGACAGAAGAGCUCAAGAGGAGUAUUGGAAACGCAAACAGUGAUGUCAUGAACAGGGAGCUUGAGGUUCAGAGAGACAGGCUGAUGGAGAUGGGGGAUUGGGCUCAGGACGGCCAGAUAGAGGAACGGGCGAAGAUUCUAACUCUGCACGAGAAAGCCUUCAGUGUAUGA